UUAUGUUAUUAUUGUGAUCUUGUUCUCAGGGCCUAAGCGGUUUGGAUGGGUUACUAGGGGUUGAGGGUAAUGAAGGAGAUCCGGGUGAUAUUGGUUUCAGAGGAGCUCCUGGAACACCUGGCAGGCCUGGCAAAAUGGGAAACCCUGGAUCCCCUGGGAUCAGUGGGAACACUGGAGCACAAGGGUUCAAGGGUAAAGCUGGACCAAAAGGAAAAGGACCACCUGGACCAAUGGGGCCAAAGGGUAUUCCAGGACUGAGAGGAGAGAAGGGCGAGUCUGCAAUUAAUGGUCCAAAGGGUCUCCUUGGUGACAUGGGAACACCAGGACCAAUCGGACCACCUGGGCUAAAGGGGAAUCCUGGUUUGCAGGGCCUGAAAGGCCAAAGAGGUCAUAAGGGAAAGCAGGGGGAUACUGGUCCUCCUGGGCCAAGGGGGCGAAAAGGCUUUCUUGGACUCACCGGUCAGCUUGGAAAGAAGGGAAUGAAAGGUGUCCAAGGCAGGAGAGGACCAAAGGGAGUGAAGGGCAAGCAUGGACAUCCAGGAAAACCAGGUGCACCAGGCAAGCGCAGGCAUACACAAAGGCAGGGAUCAGGCCCUGAGCCAAAACCAGGUCAAGGAAAUGAGCUAAGGCCAAAAACAAGACCCAGUACAAGAUCAAAACUGAAAAAUGUGCCAAGAUCAAGACAAACACCCAGCCUCCUGAAGCUAAGGGAAGGACAACAAAAAUGGCCCAGGCCAGUGUCCAGGAGAUGGUCUGAAGUAGAUGAGGCUGAGGAAUCCUUCAGCUGGCCGCAGGGAACUAAAGACGAUCCUGCCACCACCUGCUACGAGCUGGGACUCUUACACCCACAUCUGAAUGAUGGUUACUUUUACAUGGACCCCAACCAAGGCUGUCCCUAUGAUGCUGUGAAGGUAUUCUGUAACUUCACAGCAGGAGGAACAACCUGCAUUGACCCUUUGCAGUCUCAGAUUAAAUUACGUUGGGAACCAGUAAAGAAGAAAUCAAAAACGUCUGUCCAGUGGUUUAGUCAGCAGCACGGUGAAAACAAGUUUGAGUAUGCUGGUGUGGAUGUUGUCCAGCUGAGGUUUCUGCGGUUACACAGCCACACAUCUUUCCAGAACAUGACUGUCAGGUGUACAGCAAACUACUCCAGUACUGCUGGAACAACCCAUUCAGCCAACAGGAUUAUUCACUUCCUGGGAGACUCUGGCAAAGAAAUCCUUUCACACCUAACCACAGUGUACAGGAAAGGCUGUGAGGCAGAGGUGGUUGUAAUGGUUCGGGGGAGCACGGAGCUGCAUCGAGGCGAUAUGGAGUUACUUCCUGUCAGAGAUCUGGGUGUAGAUAUGAGGUCGCUAUCUCCCCUUGUCCCGGAAAUCACUGUUGUUUUGGGACCCCUCUGCUUUUGUGACCUAUGCUGUGUGUGUGUGUGUGUGUGUGUGUGUGUGUGUGUGUGUGUGUGUGUGUGUGUGUGUGUGUGUGUGCGUGUGUGUGCGUGUGUGAUAUAAUGAACUGUAAAUAUCUCUUUUAUAUAAAAAGCAGGGAUAUACUGUGUCUAGAUAUUUUGUUAGGAUUAAUUUGCUCAGUGCUGUUUUGUGUAUAUUUAUUGAAUUAUCACAAGCUGAAUGAAUUGUUAGAAUGUAUUAUAUGAAGCAGUAUAUACAUUGGUAUCUAAUGUUUAUGUAGCACCUAAUUUUAUUUGUUUUAAUGAAAUUGACUCAGAAGUAAGUGUUUAUAUCACAACUCAAUGUAUAUGGUGUCUCAUCAUCCUCACAGGGGGAGGAUGUACAGCACUAUCAAAAUAAAAGUAUGACUUUGAACAUGUGGAAUAAAAUCUAGC